AUAGAAAGACAAAUAGUAUAAAGUUGCACUAUCUUUUUCCUUUUUAAGCAGUGAUUAUUAUUAUUAUCAUUAUUGUUUUCAGUGCGUGAUCGGUGAACUAAGUAGAAGAAACGGAGUUAUCGAAAAUGGCGAAACACGAAGAACUCCCAGUUCCACUUUACUCAUCACUAGAACCAGUCUACGGAGAUGGUUCGCAACUCGAAGAAGCUCAGCUGCGAUUCGACAAACUGAAAUCGAAAUUUCUCGAAGUCUUUGGUCAUCCUCCUGAUGUCUUUGCUCGAUCUCCAGGGAGAGUAAACUUGAUUGGAGAACAUAUUGAUUAUGAAGGAUAUUCAGUGUUACCGAUGGCAAUCCGGCAAGACACAAUUAUUGGAAUUCGUAAACACGACGCCGCCGAGGGUCAAAAGGUUCUACGAAUUGCUAAUGUUAAUGAUAAAUAUGCGCUCUGUACUUAUCCUGCUGAUCCUGAUCAGGAAAUUGACUUGAAAAAUCAUAGAUGGGGACAUUAUUUUAUCUGCGGGUACAAAGGUUUCUAUGAAUUUGCUAAAACCAAAGGAGUUGAUGUUGGUGCACUGGUUGGACUUGAUGUGAUCGUUGAUGGAAUUGUUCCAACAGGUUCUGGUUUAUCGAGCUCUGCAGCAUUCGUUUGUUCAGCUACAAUUGCUAUUAUGGCUGCUUUUAAUGUGAACUUUCCAAAGAAAGAAAUUGCCCAGCUUACAUGUGAGUGUGAAAGGCACAUUGGAACACAAUCUGGAGGAAUGGACCAGGCAAUCUCUGUCAUGGCCCAAACUGGGUUUGCAGAGCUUAUUGAUUUCAAUCCCAUUCGGGCCACUGAUGUUCAACUUCCUGCUGGUGGGACUUUUGUAAUAUCACAUUCUCUAGCAGAAUCUCAAAAGGCAGUCACUGCUGCUACAAAUUACAACAAUAGAGUUGUUGAAUGUCGACUUGCUGCUAUUUUGCUUGGAGUUAAACUUGGGAUGAAACCCCAAGAUGCUAUAUUGAAAGUGAAAACCCUUUCUGAUGUCGAGGGGUUGUGUGUGUCAUUUGCUGGUACUCGUGAUUCUGCUGAUCCUGUUGUUGCUGUUAAGGAAUUUUUGAAAGAGGAACCAUAUUCAGCUGAAGAGAUUGAAAAAAUUACUGAAGAAGAUCUGUCAUCAAUUUUCAGCAAUUCUCCAACUUCACUGGAUGUAUUAAAAGCAGCCAAGCACUUCAAGUUACAUCAGAGGGCUGCCCAUGUAUAUUCUGAGGCUAAGCGGGUACAUGCUUUCAAGGACACAGUAUCAUCAAAGCUAAGUGACGAGGACAAGUUAAAGAAGCUGGGUGACUUAAUGAACGAGAGCCACUACAGCUGUAGCAUUCUAUACGAGUGCAGCUGUCCAGAGUUGGAGGAACUUGUAAAAGUUUGCCGGGAGCAUGGUGCUCUAGGUGCAAGGCUUACAGGUGCUGGAUGGGGUGGCUGUGCAGUAGCUUUGGUGAAAGAGGCAAUUGUCCCACAGUUCAUCCUAAAUUUGAAGGAAAAGUUCUUCCAAUCAAGGAUUGACAAGGGUGUAAUUAAGAAGAGUGAUCUUGGCCUGUACGUUUUUGCUUCAAAGCCAUCAAGUGGGGCUGCUAUAUUCAAGUUCUAACAUCCGUCACUUGUUUGCUCUUUGGCAAUAAACAUUAUGAAGUCUGUUUCAAUCAGCAGCGUUAUAUCAGGAAAGUGAAGAAACCUGUCAUUCAGUCCAACUGAAUAAAAUUUAAAAUUCUUUUCUUUUUUCUCUCAAAAAUUUUAGAUUAUGAGGCUGAUCUCGGAAGUAAAUAUUUAAUUCUUUUCGUGUAAAGUUGAUUACCAAUAUCAGGGAAGUAAUAAUGGUUUAAUUAAUUA